AGGAGUACAACACAACAGUAGAGUACUAUUGGGCGCCAUUCCUCGUGGAAUCUAAUUCAGAUAAUCCAACGAUGCAUAGCAGCAUUCAGGACCGCUUAAUCAACUCUAAAUCAAUCAACAUACAUGGAGAUAAAUGGAAGGGUGUUGAUUACUUGGUCUUCAACACUUAUGUAUGGUGGAUGAACACUGUGUCAGUCAAACUUCUGCGAGGAUCGUUCGAUGAUGACCCUGUGAAGUUUGAUGAAAUUGAACGUUCCAUAGCUUACAGGGAAGUACUCAAGACAUGGGCAGAGUGGGUUGAGAACAAUGUUGAUCCUAAGCGAACUAGUGUCUACUUCAUCAGCAUGUCCCCUGUUCAUUACAAUAGCGCGCAUUGGAAUAAUCCAGAUGGGAUAAGGUGUGCUAAGGAGACUGCUCCAGUAUUGAACAUGUCAAUCCCAAUGUAUCUAGGCACAGACAAACGGUUAUUUGAGGUGGCGGAAAAUGUGACUCAAUCCACUAAAGUACCAGUCCAUUUGAUUAACAUCACCGCCCUCUCUGAGUACAGAAAAGAUGCACACACCUCUGUCUACACCCUCCGGCAAGGAAAACUGCUCACGCCGGAGCAGCAGGCAGACCCAGCCACAUUCGCAGACUGCAUUCACUGGUGCCUACCAGGGCUGCCAGAUACUUGGAACGAGUUACUCUAUGCACAUAUCAUUUCUCAUUCUUGAGUUCUUCACCUCCAAUUUUUCUUUGGUUGAUCACAUUAGUGUAUCUAAGAAAAAUCAUUAUGAGAAAUUUUAGAUGUUAGGAGUUCUAUUCCAAUAUAUUUUAUUUUUUGAUAUCAGAAUAAAGAAAUGUAUUUACA